CUUCAUUAUUCCCUCUUUUCCUUCUUCCACCAUCACACGCAAGUUGCAAAUCACCCCAGUGCGAAAGCACCACAGUGCUUGCUGAGUGAUUUUCGUGCGUGUACAAGUCAACGCUCAUUCAACCUCAACUUGUAACAUAUAAUAACACGAUAAACUGUCAAGUUCUCUUGUCAAUUACCUUACCAUCAACCUACAUUACUUACUACGCCGCCUUGUCUUUGAACUUUCUAAAGACACCAAUCACACCAUCUCGUUUAGCUCACCCUGUUCUUUGUUCCAUGAGGUAAGAGUGACAACUAUCAAUAUCUUUUUCAGUUCGUUGCUUACAAAGCUUUAGAAAUAUUACGACAAAGUUCCAUUGCCAGCUUUCAAAAUGCCUGUUUCCCUCGAGCAAGCUAUGACGUGGGAGCACCUCACGCCCACAUCUGAUUCGAUCACUACUCGCUUCAUUAUGCAACGAUGCAGGCCUUGGGAGAAAGUCUUACGCGAAUACUGGCUUCGACAAGCCCACCCGAUUAUCAUCGAAGUUGAGGACUUUGAGGACGAUGAGCUGAAGGCUCGUCGAAAGCAGAGAAUGGGUACAGAGUUCUGGGGCUUCUCAAAUCUUCCCAUUGAACUCCGGGAGAAAAUUUACAAGAUCCUUCUGGUGAAACGCCCUGUCUGUCUCCCCAACUACAGUGGAGGGGACGAAGACUUCAAUAUCCGCAAGCUACUGUACAUGAAGCACAAGCAUCUUAAUGUGAGAAGUUUGGCGCUCAAGCACUAUGAGUUCCCGCGAUACAGGGGGGUUCCGAAGGACUGGGGCGUCGCCAAAACCAGAGUGCCGCCGAACGCACUCCUCUGCGCCGUCAGCAAGCAGAUUCAGCGGGAGGCCAGUCACAUCUACUUCGGCCGCAACCGAUUUGUCUUCCCGAGCGGUAUCUGCAACAUCCCUGCCGUGGUUGAGGAGUCAGCCGAGAAACGAGUCGCGCUAACCGGCAACACCUUCCUCGCUCUCCGAGACGUGAGCUUCGGCUUCAGCCGCCACGAGUUCUGGGAUCGCACCUACAACAACCCUGCCAACGUCGUCUUCUACACAGUCUCGGACUCGCACGUCUCAUCCGACGUGGACGCCCCGCUCCGGAACAUGGACUUCAAGUACCGGAUGCUCUCCAUGUACGGCACUACCUGGCUGAAGCUCGUGUACGACCCGCCCUUGGUGCAGUGGUUCAACGAGUCGCACGCGCAGCAGAUCAAGAUCCUGAAGGAGGCAUUCACCGCGCUCGUGGCCAGGUUCAAGAGCAUGGAGCUCCGCCGCCUAGAGCUCAACUUCGAGGACUGCGAGUGCCCCCACGGCUGCUGCCGGCUCGUCGACUUCGUGCUCCACACCAUCGCCACCCACGGAAAGUGGCGCGAGCAUCCGCCGCGAAUGAUCGAUGUCACGGGCUGGAAGGACGACUACGAGAAGACUCGCAUCGUCGCUGGGCUCCAGGGACUCUCGACGAAGGAGGACCAGGUCAAGAUCAGGGUCUGGGAGGUAACGGAGAAACUGAAGAAGAAGUUGGCAGAGAAGGCGCUGGCAGAGAAGGCUGCUAGAAAUGCGUGAGGAGAUAGAUGUCCUUCGCAGGGUGAGAUGAAAUUAAUGGCAGGAUUCAUAGCAUGGGCGUUCUGGAAGGGGACUUCUUCAUUCGUACUCGGUGUUUAGUUCUACAUCUGUGGUUCUAUGUGCUGGACGAUCUGUUUCCUACACAAUCAAUGAUUGAGUAGGUUAGGUAGUAAGCACGAUGGUUUUCCCUAGCUUGGCUAGGAAAUCCGAAACCGUGAUUCUACAGAUCAAAAUGGGUUCAAGGUUGAAUUCGCAAUGGGGCAUGGCACGUGGGUUAAGCAAUACGAUGCUAGGGUAUGAAUAAUAGAGCACAAAGGUGCUCAGUGUCAACAGACUGCAUUGAUUAAUACAUGUCGACUUCCAGUGAUUCUUUGAUGUUGG